CGAAGAGGCACACUGCUGCUGCUCUGUGAUUUGAAGCAGCAAAAGCCAUGUCUUUGGUAACCUGCUCUCUGCUCAUCCUCCUGUGCAACGUUUGGUGCUUGAUCAGUGGGGCUUCUGUGGCGGUCCCAGAUGUUGCUGCAAGAUGUGCUGAAGAAGUGCUGCUGCCCUGUAAAGUUCUUCGGGACUCCUCAAUCACCUACCAGACAGCAUCUUGGUAUAAAAUGGCUGGAGAUGGUGAAGGAAUAGCAUGGAAAAUCCUCACCGUGGAAUCUCAUUAUCCAAAAGAACUUGGGGGGUCCGUGGAGCUCUCCAACGACACCUUCUUUUCACUGAGGAUCAAAAAUGCGACCAGCCAGAACAGUGGGACAUAUAAGUGCACUUUGCAGGAACAGAGUGGAGAACGCAAUCUGAGUGGCACAGUCACUUUAGAAGUAACAGGUUGCCCUGGAAUAGAAGAUGAAAAAUUGAAAAAAUACAAAGCAGAGCUUUUCAUGCUGACUUGCCUUGGGAUUUUUUACUUGCUGCUCAUAUUUUUUACCUGUACAUGUCUAAGAAAAGAGAGUAUGUCUCCCAAUUAUCAAAAAACCAGACCAGAUAUGAAACACAUGCUCACCCUCAUCAACGUGCAUGAAAUGAAAACUUUCCAGGAUUUAAACAGCAACAGCACUUGCAAGAAUGAGCUUACUUCAAGUUCUGUCUAA